AUGGCUACUAAUUCUAUUUCUUCUUUUUCUUCUUCUUCUUCUUCGUCCUUGAUGAGUCCUCCAGAUCUUCAACUGAUAGAGGACAUGACCCGACAGGCCGAAGAGGUCCAGCAAAAUGUGUUGUCUCAAAUCCUGACACAAAAUGCGGAGACCGAAUACCUCAAAGGCCUGGGCCUCGAUGGGGCCACUGAUAUCGAGACCUUUAAAUCUAAGGUCCCGGUAGUCACUUAUGAGGAUAUCCGGCUAUUGAUCCGGAAAAUGGCCGAUGGAGAUCCUUCCUCAAUUUUAUGUGCUCAACCCAUCACUGAAUUUAUUUUCAGCUCGGGUACAACAGCCGGGGUACCCAAACUCAUACCGUCGACUGACGAAGAGAGGGAUCGUCGCAUGCACCUUGUCGAUCUUAUUACGCCUGUUAUGAACCAGUACAUCAAGGGACUCACAGAAGGCAAAGUGCUUUACUUCACAUAUGCGAGGCCCGAAUUGAUCACCGAAGGAGGGAUCCCCGCUCGAUCAGCAAUCACGAGUUUGUACAAGAGUGCCACCUUCAUCACCCGACAAUCCUUCCCUUACAGCGCCUACACUAGCCCCAACGAGGCCAUCCUCUGCCUCGACACCCACCAAAGCACCUAUGCCCAAUUGUUGUGCGGCCUUUACGAACGCGAACAAGUCCUCUCCAUCGGGGCCUCCUUCGCCUCCACCCUACUCCUAGUCAUCAAGUUCCUCGAGCUCAACUGGAAACAUCUCGCCCAAACCAUCCGAGCUGGCUUUGUUGACCCCAAUCUCAUGACUCAUGCCUCGACCCGCGAGGUCGUGUCCCGCACAAUGCGACCCGACCCGGACCUGGCCGACCUCAUAACUCGCGAGUGUGCAAGCAGCGAUUGGGAAGGGAUCAUCAUCCGCAUCUGGCCCAACGCCAGGUACCUGGACGUGAUCGCCACGGGACCCAUGGCCCAGUACAUCCCGACACUCAACCACUACAGCGGUGGGCUCCCGAUCGCAAGCACCAUAUAUGUGUCCUCCGAAUGCUUCUUGGGGAUCAACCUCAACCCGCUGCGAACCCCUCCCGAGGCGUCGUCCUACACACUGAUGCCUCACAUGGCCUACUUCGAAUUCCUGCCGCACGGUGGAGGAGGAGAGGGGCCCAUUGACCUCGUCAAUGUCGAGCUCGGAAAGGAGUACGAGGUGGUGGUUACGACGCGCACAGGGCUGUACCGGUACCGGAUGGGCGACGUCCUGCGGGUCUCCGGGUUCCACAACCGGGCCCCAGAGUUCAUGUUCGUUGGACGCAAGAGCGUGCUGUCGAGCGUUAACGGGGAGAAGGUGGAUGAGGCCGAGCUGCAGGCAGCAGUGGAAGAAGCUGCAGCUGUUUUGGCCAGGGAGUGUGGGACGGGCUUGGUAGACUACACGAGCCGCACGGACAACACAGUCGCCCCGGGCCACUACAUUGUGUACUGGGAGCUGCAGGAGAAGGGGAGCCAAGCCCUUGGGGAUGUGUUGGCCAGGUGCUGCCUGACGGUGGAGGAGUCGUUCAACUGGGUGUACCGUAUGCUGCGGGCUGCAGAUAAAUCAAUUGGGCCGUUGGAGAUCAGGGUAGUGAGGAUGGGGAGUUUCAGUGAGUUGAUGGAGCAAGCGAUAUCGAGGGGAGCUUCCCUUAGUCAGUACAAGGUGCCCAGGUGUGUUAGGUCCAAGGAAAUGGUGGAUCUUCUCGACUCACGGGUCGUAUCCACACAUUUCAGUCCCUCGAUGCCACAUUGGAGCCUAAAAACACCUAUAUAG